CGCACUCAGUGUCGCAGCUUGCUCUCUGCCACACUGUUGAACAUCUGAGCUUUUAGCUGGGGAGCGCUGAUCAUGGAUAUCAUGAACGCGUCCUCGAAAUCCCGGACUAGGCACUUAAACUCCAGGCUGCUCCCACAGCCAGCGGGCACUGCUGCGACCGGAGCUACCGAUGCUCCAAGAUACCCUAGACCCCUGGCGUCCAAGGCAUACAGCGUCCUGCUUUCUGUCGUCGCUCUUCUGCUCGCCGGCCAACUCUUUCGCCUCGUUCUCGGGCCUAGCACGGGACACUUCACUGACGCCUCGAGGAACGCUCCGCCCGCGCACGCUGCCAACGCAUUGCACAAGUGCAGCCUGCUGGAGGUUGAGAGCGGACCUCCUGCAGAAUUUGGGUCCCGCAAACGGUCUGAUCGCGCUGUUACUGGAACGAAAGCAACUUUGAUAACCAACGCUGCGAUAUGGACCGGACGCGACGAAGGGCGCGAGGUCCUUAAGGGCGACAUCCUCCUCGAUCAGGGGUUGAUCAAGUGGAUAGGCCAUGUCGACGAACAUCUGCUCGACCAGUACCAGGACCUCGAUCGCGUCGAUGCCCGUGGACGAUGGGUCACGCCCGGCAUCGUCGAUAUGCACAGCCACCUAGGUGUCAAUUCCGCGCCGAGUUUGCGUGGGGCGAGCGAUGGAAACUCUCGCAAGGGUCCCAUCCUCCCAUGGCUACGUGCUCUCGAUGGCCUAAACACCCAUGACGAAGCUUACAGGCUGAGCGUAUCUGGCGGCGUCACGACCGCGCUCGUACUUCCAGGGUCUGCCAACGCGAUAGGCGGACAAGGCGCUGUAAUCAAGCUUCGCCCUCCCACCGACCGCUCGCCCACUGGAAUGUUGCUCGAGAGCCCGUACGAGACCAACACGACCGUAUAUGACCCCACCACCCACUUCCGCUUCCGACAGAUGAAACAUGCGUGUGGCGAGAAUCCAGGACGCGUCUACUCGGGAACGCGUAUGGAUACCGUGUGGGCAUUCCGACAGGGCUACGAGAAGGCCCGUCAGAUCAGAGAUGCGCAGGACGCCUAUUGCGUGAAGGCACGGGAUGGACAGUGGACUGGCCUUGGCGAGUUUCCCGAAGAUUUGCAGUGGGAGGCUCUCGUAGACGUCUUGAGAGGACGCGUUAAGGUCCAUACGCACUGUUACGAGACAGUCGACCUGGACGAUCUCGUCAGGAUCUCGAACGAGUUCAAGUUCCCGAUCGCCGCGUUCCACCACGCUCACGAAACCUAUCUGGUCACAGACACCCUCAAGUCUGCAUACGGCAAGCCACCUGCUGCUGCUCUGUUCGCUACCCAUUCACGUUACAAGCGCGAGUCAUACCGCGGCUCCGAGUUCGCGCCGAGGAUCCUCGCGGACGCGGGCAUCCAGGUCGUCAUGAAGUCGGAUCAUCCCGUACUUGACUCGCGUUUCCUCCUUUUCGAGGCGCAGCAAGCGUAUUACUACGGCCUCCCGCAUAACCUCGCACUGUCUGCUGUGACCGCUACGCCAGCGACGAUCCUUGGACUUGAUCACCGUAUCGGGUUCCUUGAAGAAGGAUACGAUGCCGACAUCGUCCUGUGGGACAGCCAUCCCCUCGCCCUGGGCGCCACCCCACAGCAAGUCUGGAUCGACGGCGUCCCCCAGCUCGCAACCCCACACACCGCCGACAAGCCCGCGCACUUCCAACGCCUCCCCCAGACGCCGAACUUCGACAAGGAGGCCAAAGAGGCUUUGAAGUACGAAGGCCUGCCGCCGCUCGGACCAAAGGCCUCCGUGUCGCACACCGUCGUGUUCGCGAACGCGAGCACCGUGUUCCUGCGCGACCCUAGGGGCUCAACGGGGAUAAAGCAGAUCGUGUCCGCUGACAGCCCAGAUGCUCCGCUAAGCAUCGUCGUGAAGGAAGGAAAGAUUGUGUGUGUCGGCUCGGCGACGAGCGAAUGCGCGCGCUCCGUGCUGCAAGACUCCGCGAAGGUCGAGUACGUCGACCUCGAGGGCGGCUCGAUCGCCCCGGGGCUUACGACAUUCGGCUCUCCGCUCGGCCUGGAGGAGAUCAUGGGCGAAGUAUCCACCAAGGAUGGAUACGUGCUCGAUCCUCUGCAAGAUGCUGUCCCCAAGGUAGUCGGAGGAAACGGCGCACUCAUCCACGCAAUCGACGGGUUGCAGUUCGGCACUCGCCACGCCCUCAUCGCGUACCGCGCGGGCGUCACCACGGGCAUCGUUGCGCCCGCCAGUGGCGGGUUCCUCUCUGGGGUCAGCACCGCGUUCUCCCUCGCCGCGCCGCACAAGCUCGCGGACGGGGCGAUCGUCCAAGAGUCGGGCGCGGUGCACGUCGCGAUCCAUCCCAUGGGUGUGCCGAGCGUGAGCACCCAGAUCGCCGCGCUCCGCCGUCUCCUGCUGCAUCCGUCCGAGGGCGAGGCCGGAGUGUGGUUCGACAAAGUCAAGAACGGCGAGGUGUCACUCGUCGUGGAGGUCGAGAGCGCAGACAUCAUCGCGACGCUCAUCAGUCUCAAGUCCGAAGUCGAGCACGCGCUCGGCACGCAGCUCAAGCUCACGCUCGUCGGCGCGCGCGAGGCGCACCUCCUCGCCUCUGAGCUCUACGCGGCCGACAUCGGCGUCAUCCUCUCGCCCUCGCGGCCGUACCCGUCUCCCUGGGAGGCACGCAGGAUACUUCCUGGCCCGCCGUUGUCCGAGAAGAACGCGGUGCGCGUGCUGCUGGAGCACGGAGUCACCGUCGGUCUGGGGGUGAGCGUCGCGGACAAGGUGCUCAACACGCGCUUCGACGCUGCCUGGGCGGCACUGGAGGCCGACGGGGCUAUCUCGAAGGAGGAGGCGAUCGCACUCGUAUCGACCAACAUCGAGAAGCUGCUCGGGAUCAGCAAGGGCGAGGGAUACGGAGAUAUUGUAGCUACACGUGGUGGUGAUAUUCUCGGGUAUAGCAAGGUGGUGGGUGUCGUAUCUCCCAGCCGGGGGGUCGUCGACAUGUUGUAAACUGAUAGGCACGGGGAUGAUGCUACGCCCAAUGCAUUGUAUAUGGC